UUCAGCAAUCAAUCACCUGAAAGAAACCAACAAGAUCAUCGAAUUCCCCCAUUCCAAACAGUAGUAAUCUUCAAUUCUCAAUUGGAUCAUGAGCCUUUUCAAUUCAACAUUCGACGAGUUCAACUACGGCUACCAGUCGCCAGAAACAAGCUCCUACACCACCACCACCACCCGCAGCGAAGAGGAAGUGGUAUUGGCAUCGGCGCGGCCAAAGAAGCGAGCUGGGCGGCGAGUAUUCAAGGAGACCAGGCACCCUGUAUAUAGAGGAGUGCGGCAGAGAAACUCCAACAAGUGGGUUUGCGAGAUGCGAGUUCCUAACGACACUAAGAGGAUCUGGCUCGGGACAUUCCCGACACCCGAAAUGGCGGCGAGGGCGCACGACGUCGCCGCGCUUGCUCUCCGAGGGCAAUCAGCUUGCCUUAAUUUUGCCGACUCCGCGUGGCUGCUCACGGUGCCGGCGUCAACCGAUGCGGAUGAGAUAAGGAGGGCUGCGGUGGCGGCGGCUGAGUCAUUCGCGCCUGGGAAUGAGGUGAUGGAAGAUGCGAAUCAAACUCUACAGCAGCAGCAACAAGAACAAGAACAGGGGAUGAUGUACGGGGAAGAAGAGGUUGCGGCGGCGGUGCCGGAAUUUGAAGACUUUCAUGAUUUGCUUAUGAGCAUUGCGAAUGGUCCAUUGCUGUCUCCUCCACCUCCUGCAAGAGAUGGUAGGGACUGGAAUGACGUGGAGAUGUUUGAUGAUGGAGUGUCACUGUGGAACUUUUGACCAAUUUGGCACGUGGAUGCCCUAUAUGUGAGUUAUUGAUUUUGAGAUGCUGAAGUGUCUUUGGGAUAUUUUUUAUGAAGGCCUUUUCAAAAAGUCUUUGAUUAUUUUCUAGCCCAAAAUUAGUAGUUCUAGCUGUGUGCUUAUCUUCCCAUAUUAGGAAUGGAAGAAGUUAUGUUUUGGACUUAUCCUUAGCUCUAUGAGUUAGCUUCUUAAUUUUAUGUACAAGUUGAUAUUUUUCUAUUAAGAUAAAGAGGGCCAGAAAAUUGGUUAUCGCCUCAUUUUAUUUUA